AUGCCAAUGCGAUCCAACACCGCCGCCGAUCGAGCUCAGAUGCUCUCGAUUUGCCAGCAUUGUCGGCUGGCAAAGUGUCGCCAGGCGGGAAUGAAGGACGAGUACGUUCACAACCUGCGCUUUGGACGAAUCGAACGCAAAAGUAGAAAGCUGCACGGGAACGGGAACUUUAGAAGCGUACUUGAUCCUGGCCAGGCGAAUCUGCUCGAUCUCUUUCAGUCUUUUUGGAAAAUCUACAGAAACUUCUCGAACAUCCCUCAGUCUCCCGGAGUGCUUACGCCAGGACAAAUGCGAAAAAUGAGCCAGUUGGACCGAUUCGAAGCUCAGCUCACUCAAAUUGAGCGACCAGAAGUUCCUCAUCCUGUUCCUGGAGAUAAGCUCUCAUACAUCAACUACAUCAAGAACGUUCUCACUGUGCAUGUCAAGAUCGCAGAAAAACUGCUAGAAUUUAUACCUGAAUUUCGGACGAUAUCCCCCGAGACGAGACACUAUUGUAUGAGAUUUGGCAGUCUGGAGAUGUCGAUGGCCCGCGGCGCGUGCAACCGCUCGCUCAAUGACGAGUCGGAGAAUGAUACCAAAAAGCUGUCGAUUACGGGAAAGGGGCUCACCACAGACCAUCUCAAGAACUUGGGAAUGACCUCUGGCCUCGUUGACGGGAUGAUGGAAGUGACCCAAGCAAUGAGAGGCUACAAAGGCGACGAGAUCGAAUGGGCUCUUGUCGGUGGAAUGUGCCUUUUCAAUCUGGAUCGUGACUCGAACGUCUUCAAACCUACAAUGGAAGAGAAACAUCAAAUCGAAACUAUUCAAAAAGAAUUGGAAAGAAAAGUCGACGAACUGGCGGCUGAAAAUAGAGAACUGCUGACUUUUGUCGACGAGAGCGUACGAAUUGCGGAAGAAUUCAAACAGAAAGCGUUCUUGAUGGGAGAGAGCUUGGAGAAAGACGCACAGCUGAUUUACGCAAGAGCUUUGUACGAUCACUCAUCGCGUGAUCAUCAAGAAUUAAGUCUUUCGAAAGAUGAAAUUAUCAUUAUCGAAGGCAAUAUCGACGAUGACGGAUUUUACUCGGCUAAGAAUUUUAAAAAGCAGAGCGGACUUAAAGAGAGCUUCUCUCUUUUAUCCGGUCCAUCUAUCAGUACGGUGCUUCAAAACUCCGCAGAACUUAUUCGAGUUCUGGAACUCCAGUCCGACGAUCAAACAGUACUCAAGGUGUCUAAACCGAUCAGUCUGACGGAGAGAGAACCCUUACCCUUCAAAAUAGUCCCUUCUACAACAUCGGCAAGAGUCAUUCUACCAGAAAUGGAGAAUGACUUUCAUCUGCAUCUCAGAGCAUCUAGUUUUCAACAAAUUGUAACACUUCAAAAAGGAACCAAAGAACAUGAAUUCAAAGAUCUAAGCGAGGAGACGUCGUAUACAAUCGUCUUUGGAGGUUAUUCUUAUGUCUUCACAACUGUCAAGAGAGAGACCUUGUCAAGUUACUCGUCCGGAGAGACAGACGAAAUAAUCCCUCAGCUAAAGAAUCUACGAGGAUGUCUCGAAGGAAACCUUUUAACGAUAGAAUGGGACGAGUAUGAAAACGCGAAAGAAUAUAAGCUGUACACGCGCGAUGGAACAGAGCUAGUUGGUACGGUGAAAGAAGGAAACGCCACGAGCCUCGAGAUUAACUACGAUGUUAACACGGAAGCUCAACAAGCGCUCUACAUGGAUGUGACGAACAUAAAAGGAUUCUCAUCCUUGAAAACCAAAAUUCCGAUAACGAUGAUAGUUAGAGCACUUUUCGACUAUAUACCAGAAACAAUGAGUCCAAAUUCGGAUUACACAAGAGAGUUGGCGUUUUCAGAAAACGAAGUCCUAUCAGUCCGCUUGCCUGUUGAUAAAGACGGAUUCUAUUUCGGAGAAAAACUUGAAAAUAAAAUGCGAGGCUUAGUACCUUCAAAUUUUGUACAGCCCAUUUGA